AUGGGACAGUGGGCUAGACUGAGUUGCCUUCUCUUGGUGUUACUGGUCUCUGGCCCAGAGUUGGCUGUUUCCAGGAAGAAUGUCCUAGCCAGGAAUCGGAGACAGUAUGACUCCUGGUGGGGGAGGACACCGUCUGGUUGGGGGUCCUCCAGGCUGAAUGUUGGGGUGGUGGGUCAAUCCAGACAGCUGCAGACUCCUGUCCAGCAUCCGAUCAGUGUGCAAUGUAUGGAAGAUGCAAUGGUGGUAUCUGUAAAGCGGGAUCUCUAUGGAAAUGGGCGGCUGGUGAAAGCCUCAGAUCUAAGUCUGGGUCCCAGGCAGUGUAUGCCAAGCUCCCAGAGUACAGCAACUACUGUGAUCUUCCAGCAGGGGCUGCAGGACUGCGGCAAUACCUUACAGGUGAGUGGGUUUGGGACCUAGUUGGAGGGGAGACUAAAUGAUGCAAAGGGUGGUGUGUGUUUUUUGUGGUAAUAUUUGCUUUAUAAUGGGUAAAGAUGCUGGUGUAAUACUCUAUGCAGGGAAACAUUGAGUUUAAGAUUAACUUGCAGUGUUAAACUGCUGAUUAAUUCAAGGUGUGAGUUUAUAACCAGGUCAGUGCAGCCAAGCUAAAAGAAUAGCUGGCUUUAAGAGUGUUCAACUUUAAACCUCUCUGAAUUCUCACUUUAGUAAAUAUCCGUGUGUGUGUGGUUUAAUAGCCAGGACUGUGUACAUGUAGUCUUAAGAUUCUCUGGAUUGGCUUAUUAGAUCCAAUUUUCUGCUGUGCAUGUGAUUUGUACAUGAAAAGUGCUGCCCUAUUGACAUUCACUUGUUGUAGGAGUGAUAUUCCUAAUCCAUGUGGGUCUCAAGGCAUAUUAAUGACUAUAACCCUCACUGGCUCUUGCUUGAUGAGGACAUGGAAAGCAUACAUCUAAUGCAAAAUUAACCAAUCAAAGACCAGUAUGGAAGAACUGUGGGUUUCUGCUCCUCUAUGGACGUUUCCCAUUAUUGGCAUGGUGUACGUGGGUCUCUAACACUAUGAUCUAAUGGCACUCCUAAAUGGUGUGCAACUGGUACAUGGACCUUGAUGUCUCCCUCCCAGAAUACUAAAUGGACAGUGGGACACUUCACUUUCUAGGGUAACCAGGGACAAAUUUUAGUUGCUAUUCUAACUUAAUGUAGUUUCCUAAUGUUGACUGAAGAGAAAGUAAAGACCCAUUACUGGAAGUACUACUGCUGUGGAGCUCUUACACACUUACAAAACAUAUGGUGCUCCUAGAGGGAUUUGGGCUCAAAACAGGGGAACUUGGGAGGUAUGAUGUCAAACUACUCAAUCAGCUGUUUAUAUCAUAACAUUCUCAUCCCUCCAUGCAGGCCUGGGCACUUUAUUAUUAUUUUUUUUUAAUAUUGAGGGGAAAUGUUAAAUUGGCACAACUUCACAAGUAGUGAGAAAAUUCAACACUGCUCCCUGCUAUCUGACUGGCUGUCUGAGGGUUUUUUUUUCUAACUUGCUUCUACUGGUUGACUGUCUCUAAAUAUAGAAAGGGUAGUAGCUUCUCACUUCAAAUAGAAGGCUAGUCAAAGUGUAACAGUGACUGUCAUAUGCCAGAUGGAAAACUGGCCAACCAGCUUCCAAUUGGCUUAAAGUCAGAAUUAAGAAAAAUACUUUUCAAUUUUGUACACGGUAUCUGGUUGGUAGAUGGCCACUAACUCUGUAGCAUGUGGGAUUGCACUAAUGAAGCAUACAAUUUAUUUGUUUCCAUAAGAUUACAGGAAAAUCCAGAGUAAAGGGUAUACAAUUAGCCAAACUAUGCAGAUAAAGUGGUGCACUUUUAAUGCAAUAUUGGGAAUGCAUUACUAAAUAAGCAAAAGCUGUUUCUCAUUACUUAUUUGGUUAUUGGUAUCUUUAUAGCUAUGCCACAGAAGGGCAAGUUAUCUACUAAAAAGCUAGUAGUCACUAGGGGAGGAAUUAACCCUGCAAUGUAACUUGCAGUCUAUGAAAACUGCAAUAAUUACAGCUGCAGGGUUAAAGGUAGUGGGAGUUGGCACCCAACCCACUCUAGUGGGCAGAAGUGGUCUGGGUGUCUCUCUAACAUGUUCUAUACAGUUGGAGACCACAGAUACAAAGUAAUCACUGGCUAUAUAACAUAUGAGCGAAACUUUAUACAUAUCUGGCACAAAAAUAAACAUUCCAAUGGCACAUUAAUAUCAACCUAGUCUAAAUCUCUCUGCAGAUGACUUCAGACUGGCUGAUCUACAGCACAAACCUGAUCUACAGCCCAACCCCUUCCAGGAACAGUCCCAUCAUCCGAUCCAACUCUGCUGCAAUUCCCAUCCAAUGCUACUACCUCAGGUGAAUAUAUAGAUAUCGUCAUCCAGGCUUAUGCCUAAACUUUUUGAUAUUGGAUUUGUUUGAACAAAAUCCUAACUAUUGGAAAUAGAUGACGUUAGAGUUCUAUAAAUUGGUUAAUACUGCUUUCUAUUGUCUUCCUUCAGUUUCUUAACAUUUCCUGAAUGCCUUAUUUAAAAAUUAGGUUAUGGGUGCCCACACUUGAUAAACUCUGCCUAUCAAAAAUCUAGAUUGGGGCUCUUAUAUCCUCCCAGACAAGAACUAAGAGUACAUGUUGAUCUAGGCAGGCUGGUAUGUGGGACCCUUCUACAAUGCCCACUUGGCUUGUUAGUGGGACCAACCAAAAUCACUGCUCUUAUUUGAAAGACUAGUUGCCUUGUAUGAAUGCAAGGACUCUGACGACUACCAUUCUCCUUUGCAGACAUGGCAAUGUGAGCAGCAAUGCCAUCAAACCAACAUGGAUUCCUUUCAGCUCCACCAUAUCUGCAGAGGAACGUCUGUCCUUCUCGUUGAAGCUGAUGAAUGGUAAUUAAUGGCUGGAUGUGAUGGGUGGCUUCUGUCUGACGUCGCUAACACCUCUGCUGUAUUUCCUUUCAGAUGAUUGGAGCACCCCACGAACCUCUACAGUCUUCAGUUUAGGUGAUAUUUUCCACAUAGAGGCUUCUGUGAACACCUUGAACCAUGUGCCCAUGAAGGUCUUCGUUGAUGGCUGUGUGGCGACAUUAUCCCCUGAUGCCACCUCCAGUCCUCGUUAUGAGAUCAUUGCUCAGAAUGGGUAGGUUUUGCCACUUGUGGAAUUGUGGUAGCUGGUUAUACCCCCUUCUAAACAAUCUGUUUUGCAGGUGUUUGAUGGAUGGCAAACAGGAGGAUUCAUCAUCUUCCUUUAGAUCACCACAACCCACACCAGACCGGCUCCAGUUCACAGUUGAUGCCUUCAGAUUUGUUGGAUCUGAUAACUCAAUGGUAAGUCUUUGGUAAGAUGCAUCUGUAACAAACUAUAUAUAUAUAUAUAUUUUUUUUUUUUUUUAAAAGGAUUUCACAGAUGCAGUAAAUACCUUUUCAAGCAAACUGGGAAAAACAGGCUAUCCUGUUGCCCAACCUGAUUCUGCUAGGUCAAUCUUAUUUUCUGUACAACAUACUUGUAUGGGCUGUAGCAAUCAGUGGCAGCUGAAGUCUUAAGAUGGUGGGUGCCAGAGUAUUAUUCCUGGCUGUAUGGCAACACUGGAUACAAAAUAGCUGGGCACAACCUAGGUUUAAAAUACAUAAAGUUGGGUAGAGCUGAAUAAAAUACAAAUCUGGGCACAGGUGAAAGUUUAGGAUCCAGUGACCAUCAGUGUGGUUUAAUAAAAGAAUAGUGACUGAGUCACACCACACAAAAGCUAAAGUUUGAGACUUCAGAAAAACAGACUUUUCUAAAAUUAGAAUAUGCAUUAAGGAGUCAUUAUCAGACUGGAGCAAUUUAAAUGGAGCCCAAGAGAAAUGGGAUUAUUUAAAAGUUGCACAAUUAAAGGCAACAGAAAAUUGCAUUUUGCUUGCCAGUAAAGGCAAAAAAUUCAAGAAACCACUGUGGUACUCCGCAGAUGUGGCCAAAAUAGUUAAAAACAAAGUUAGUAUGUAGUAAUUAUAAAACAAAUCAUCAGUCAUUUGUUACAUGUGAGUUUACAGAAGAGGUUCUACUUCAACUGUCAAAAGUAAAGACCCGUCAAUGGGACCUGAUGCAAUACACCCAAAGCUAUUAAAAGAGCUUAGUGGUGUACUAGCAAAACCAUUAACAGAUUUAUUUAACCAAUCAUUGUUAACAGGAGUAGUCCCAGAAGAUUGGAAGUUAGCGAAUGUUGUGCCCAUUUACAAGAAAGGUAAUAGGGAGGAGUCGGGCAACUAUAGGCCAGUAAGCCUUACUUCAGUAGUGGGGAAAGUGAUGGAAACCAUGUUAAAGGAUAGGAUUGAUGAACAUCUAAAAACACAUGGAUUUCAAGAUCAGAGACAACAUGGGUUUACUUCAGGAAGAUCAUGCCAAACUAAUCUUAUUAUUUUUUUUUUUUUUUUAUUUUUUUUUUUUUAAUUAGGUAACUAAAAUUAUAGAUCAGGGUGGUGCAGUAGACAUUGCUUACCUAGAUUUCAGUAAGGCUUUUGACACUCCUGCACAUAGAAUCAAUAAACUGCAAUCUUUGUUUGGAUUCCAAUAUUGUUAAAUGGGUAAGGAAGUGGCUGAGUGACAGGCAACAGAGGUUUGUAGUCAAUGGAGUAUAUUCAAAGCAUGGGCUUAUCUCCAGUGAGGUACCUCAGGGAUCUGUACUUGGACCCAUUCUCUUUAAUAUUUUUAUUAGUGAUAUUGCAGGAGGUCUCGCUGGUAAGGUGUCUUUUUACUGAUGAUACUAAGAUAUGUAACAGGGUUGAUGUUCCAGGAGGGAUAAGCCAAAUGGCAAAUGACUUGGGUAAACUAGAAAAAUGGUCAUAAUUGUGGCAACUGACAUUUAAUGUGGAUAAGUGCAAGAUAAUGCAUCUUGGACGUAAAAACCCAAGGGCAGAGUACAGAAUAUUUGAUAGUCCUAACCUCAACAUAUGAGGAAAGGGAUUUAGGGGUGAUUAUUUCUGGUGACUUAAAGGUAGGCAGACAAUGUAAUGGAGCAGCAGGAAAUGCUAGCAGAAUGCUUGGUUGUAUAGGGAGAGGUAUUAGCAGUAGAAAGAGGGAAGUGCUCAUGCCAUUGUACAGAACACUGGUGAGACCUCACUUCGAGUACUGGAGACAGUAUCUCCAGAAGGAUAUUGAUACUUUAGAGAGUUCAGAGCAGGGUUAACUGGUUGAUUACAGCAUAAAAUUUACAAGGAAAUGUUAAAGGAAUUUAACAUGUAUAGCUUGGAAAGACAAGACUGAGGGGAUAUUAUAGAAACCCUUAAAUAAAGGGAAUCAACCCAGUAAAGGAGACUAUAUAGUUAAAAGAAACUACCACAACAAGAGGACAUAGUCUUCAAUUAGAGGGACAAAGGUUUAAAAAUAUCAGGCAGUAUUACUUUACUGAGAAGGUAGUGGAUGCAGGGAAUAGCCUUCCAGCUGAAGUGGUAGAGGUUAACACAGUAAAAGUUUUAGCAUGCGUGGGAUAGGCAUAAGGCUCUUAGCUAUAAGAUAAGGCCAGGGACUAAUGGAAGUAUUUAGAAAAUUGGGCAGACUAGAUGGGCCAAAUGGUUCUUAUCUGCCGUCCCUUUCUUUCUACAGUUUAAAGCAUUGCAACUUUUCAACUAGCCAAGCAUGAGUCCGGGUCUCAGCUGUAGAGUGACCAAUUUCUUUUAAGAUGGUCUGUAUGUGCAGCGAGUUAGUAGAAUGAUUAGUGACAGACCACAGUGCUGUAAGUCUGUUUCUUCAUGUCACCUUAGGUUUCCAUGGUGCAUACUCAGUUGCUAUUGGGAGAGAAAUAUAAUACUUUUGGCAGUGACCAGGAGCUGCUUUGCAAUCUGCUAGUUGCAAGAUGGCUCCUUGCUUCUCCUGUAGGCACUAUAAACAGGUGCUAUUGGCCAAUGAUGGCCUAAAUAGAGGCCAAUAGCAUGACUCCACUCAUGGGCAGCUGGCUCUGACCAAAUGUAACCUCAGUAGAAACUCAUGGAUUUUUAAAAAUUUUAAUUUUUUUUUUUUUUAUUCCCCACAUUAAAACUUGUGAGGUGCUGCCUCAAAUGCCCCUAUGAAUUUCUGUCAGCAAAGUGAGUGUGGAAGUAAUGGGCUCUCCAGCCCCUGCAUGAAGUUGGCUAGACACCCAUCCAGGCAGCAUGUCACCCAGGGAGGACUGCUCAAUCAGUGCACUGCUGACAAGUCUAGUCCACAUUACACUGACAUUCCUAUAUAAACUUGUUUGUAGAUCUACAUCACCUGUAACCUGAGAGCUGUUUCAGAGAACCAGGUACCUGAUCCCAUGAACAAGGCCUGUUCCUUCAGCAAAUCUACAAACCUGUAAGUAAUGCAUGGCUCUCUUUGCAUCUUAUUUGAAGUGCACUAAUGACUUUAACGUAAACUCAAUGGCCAAACUGCAUAAAACUGCCUUGGUGAAUUUCCCAAACCAAAAGAUUAACAGUUAUUCCACAAGUUUGUUUCAACUUGGUCAUGUAUGAGAAUUACUGAUGUUUGUCUCUCCAGCUGGACAGCUCUUGAAGGCACUGGUAACAUUUGCAGUUGUUGUGACUCUGGAAACUGUGCUACUGUUGGUCAGAGCCGAGGACUUUAUUCACGGUAUCCUGGUCAGAGGGAAUUUAAGAGAGAAGCUGUAACAGGUGUGUAAAAUUCCUAAAAGUAGCUGCAUAUUCAGUAAUGCAGUCAAGGUAAGGAGCAACAACUUGGGACUGCAGGCCAUUACUCUUACCUAUAGGCCACCUUCUAGAAGUAUUAACUUUGAGGUUGUGUUUUUUUUUUUUUGUUCACUCUUUCAAUAUGUUUAAAUAUAUUCCUGUAAGAAUCCUAAACCUAGACUUCCUUUCUCCAAAAUUUCCUUCAGUGCAAGAACACAAGCAGACAAUACUGGGACCUCUGCUGGUGAUUGGAGAAGAUCAGCAUCAGUCCCUUGCUGUAACCCAGUCAUCUUUAUCAAUGGAGCUCUGGGUGCUAGGGGCAGUUGCCUCACUGAGUCUUGUUCUAAUGUCUGUGUCUGGAAUGUUCAUUCUUAAGAAUAGAUCUUCUAAGAGCUGAGCACAAACUCAUUGAAAUGGCUAAUGAACCUCACGUGGCUGUCAAUGUCUGGUCACACAGUGGCUGUCAUAAACAUCUGACUGUAC